UCGACUUUGUACUGUGGGGAGACCUGGGAAAGGGUUUUCGGUUGACUUGAAACGACAGCGACCUUAUCUACGAUGUCAAAUGCGUAAUCCACAAAUUGAUUCCAAAGCAGUUACGCAGGAGGCGUAAGAGAGCCAGGCUGCGGGUUGCGCUAGAAAGCUGAGCUAGUGGCGUAUGUCAGCAGGCGGGGCCGGUCCAGACGGUCGGGGGCGGGGUUGGUGAAUAGGGAAGUGGCGCAAUUCGUGGAUCGCUCCGCUGAGUCUGUUCGUCGAAGCCUCCUCCGCCGCCGCCCCCUGUCCCGGCCCCCCCCCUGGGUUCCCUCAGCCCAGCUCGGUCCAGCCCGGUUCUCGGGAGAAUGAAGUUCGUGUACAAAGAGGAGCAUCCGUUCGAGAAGCGCCGCUCUGAGGGCGAGAAAAUCCGAAAGAAAUACCCAGACCGGGUUCCGGUGAUAGUGGAAAAAGCCCCCAAAGCUCGGAUAGGAGACCUGGACAAAAAGAAAUACCUGGUGCCUUCUGAUCUUACAGUUGGUCAAUUCUACUUCUUGAUCCGGAAGCGGAUUCACCUCCGUGCUGAAGACGCCUUGUUUUUCUUCGUCAACAAUGUCAUUCCACCCACCAGUGCCACGAUGGGUCAGCUGUACCAGGAACACCAUGAAGAAGACUUCUUUCUAUACAUUGCCUACAGUGAUGAAAGUGUCUACGGUCUGUGAAGCUGCUGUACCUGAGGUGGGGGGUUCCAUUCUACAAAGAGAGGUGGCACUCCUUCCUUGACAUCCAGUUCCUCCUUCAGGCUCAAACACCAUCUCCUUUCUUCAGGACCUGCACUUAAUGUUUGAGGCUGUCUCUCCAGUGCCUCUCAGUAGGAGGAGUAAUGGUAGACACAGCCUCUGUACAUCUCUCUUCUCCCCUUGUUUACCCUCCAUUCCCACUCUGCUUUAGACUUCCUGAUUGUCAAUCUCUGUCACAUCCGAUGAUUGUUUUGGUUUCUAUUCCCUUUCUAACUGCCCAUCGGGCUCACAACCCCAAUAAUCCCUUCCUUUCACUACCUUCUUUUUGGGGGGUAGAUGGAAGGGAUUGACAUUGGGUGGGGGAGGUAGGAGGCACAUCAAUAAAGAGGAAACCACUGAGCUGAA